AUGGCUACUGGGGCAUUGCUGGGUGCAGAAAACUUUCACCGAUUCACUCCUGAAUCCUUGGCCACCAUCAAGAAACGUAUCAUGGACAAGAAAGACUUGCCACCCGCAGAGAAGCUGAGGCCCCAGCUGGAUCUCCAGGCUUGCAAAAAAGUCCCUGCCCUUUAUGGAAACCCCCCUGUGGAACUUACUGCAGAACCCUUGGAAGAUCUUGACCCCUACUAUCAUGAUCACAAGACAUUUAUGGUCUUGAACAAAGGAAAAACAAUCUUUCGAUUUACUGCCACAAAUGCUUUGUACAUCUUCAGUCCUUUCCACCGAAUCAGGCGGAUGACAAUUAAAGUUUUAGUUCAUUCAUAUCCUUUACAUUGGUUUAUCAUGGUCACUAUUUUAACGAAUUGCGUUUUCAUGGCUCUUUCGGAUUCAUCACAGACAAACAGCAAAGAGAACUCUUCAAGCAAAUACGUUGAGUAUACCUUCACUGGAAUUUAUACUUUUGAAUGUCUGAUCAAGAUUCUGGCAAGAGGGUUCUGCUUGAAUGAAUUCACCUUCCUCCGGGACCCAUGGAACUGGCUGGACUUCAGCGUCAUCGUGAUGGCGUAUAUAGGAGAGUUUAUUGAACUGGGAAAUGUCUCUGUCCUUCGGAUGUUUCGAGUGUUGAGAGCAUUGAAAACAAUUUCCAUUGUCCCAGGUCUGAAGGUUAUUGUUGGAGCUUUGAUCCAGUCGGUGAAGAAACUCACAGACGUGAUGAUCUUGACUGUUUUCUGUUUGAGUGUCUUUGCCCUCAUUGGCCUCCAACUCUUCAAGGGGCACCUGAAACAGAAAUGUGUCAGGAACUAUACGGAAUUUAUCAAUCAGAGCAUAAGUAAUAUUUCCUAUGAUACUUUCAUCAACAAUAAAGAAAACUACCAACUGAAAAAGGGCACUGAAGACUAUUUGUUGUGUCGCAAUGGCUCAGAUGGAGGGACCUGCCCACCACAAUACGCAUGCCUGAAAGUCGGAGAUAAUCCUGAUUUUGGCUUCACCAGCUUUGAUACUUUUGGCUGGGCUUUCUUGUCCUUGUUCCGCCUCAUGACGCAAGACUACUGGGAACGCCUCUACCAACAGACACUGAGAGCAUCUGGGAAGAUCUACAUGCUGUUUUUCGUGCUGGUCAUUUUUCUGGGCUCGUUUUAUCUGGUCAAUCUAAUCUUAGCUGUGGUCACCAUGGCUUAUGAAGAACAGAGCAAGGCCACCAUUGCUGAAACAAAGGCCAAAGCGGAAAAAUUACAGGAAGCCAUGGAAAUGCUAAAAGAAGAACAAAAGGUAUUAAAUGCCAGAGAAAAUGAUAGCAUGUCUGUUAGCUCCUUCGAAGUGUCUCCAACAUCUAAGGAAGACAAAGAACGAAGCAACCGAAAGAAGAAACUAAGCAUGGAAGAUUCGGGGCCAGCCUCAAAUGAUAGUCAUCGGAAAACAAUCUCCAGCUAUGGUUAUGGGCCUUCUUCAAACCCAGCAAAACGGAGGCCAAGUCAUGAGAGUGUCUUCAAUUUCCACCUAUCAGGAAAAGAGACUGGAGCCAAGACUGAAUGUGGGGAUGACGAAUCCAACAGUGUUGGGGAGAUGGAGCGUGGCUAUGUUUUUCCUACACGCAGAGUAAGCACUCAGAGUCUAGCCAGCUAUGUAUCCCAUCCAGCUACUCCUAACUACAUGCAAUCCAAUAGAUGGAACGCCGGAGAUGAUUGCAACGGGAUGAUCUCCUUGGUGGGACCUGGUGGAAUGAGGUCUUUGAACAUGGAACCUCUUUCAGGAGAAGGCAUAUUGCUCCCUCCUGUUAUGGAAAGCCCCAGAAUGAGCAACCAAAUGUCUUUGUAUGAUGAAGCUAACAAGAUGGUUCAAGUUCAUCGACUGUCCGUUGAUUAUUACAACCAGCCACUUCAGAGGCAACGGACAGCGAGUGCGGUCAGCAUUAUCACCAGCGUCCUUGAAGAGCUUGAAGAAUCAAAUCGAAAAUGGCCUCGCUUCUUGAGCAAGUUGGCCCGCAAGUAUCUUAUCUGGAACUGUUGCCCUCUGUGGCAGAAAAUAAAGAAGAAAGUGGGUGUGGUUGUGAUGGACCCCUUUACCGACCUCAUCAUCACCCUCUGCAUUGUGAUGAACACUCUCUUCAUGGCCUUGGACCACUACAAAAUGACCCCUCAGUUUGAACAGGCUCUUUCAUGUGGUAACAUGAUUUUCACCGCCAUUUUCACAGCAGAGAUGAUCCUGAAGAUCGUGGCCAUGGACCCUUACCAUUAUUUCCAGCAGCGCUCCAAUGUCUUCGACAGCGUGAUUGUCCUCAUCAGCAUCGUUGAGCUGAGCACGUCCACCGAGACAGAGGAGAACCGGAAAGGAAAGAAGGGAGGGAAGAAGGGCAGCUUCUCUGUCCUGAGAACCUUGAGGCUGAUGAGAGUCUUCAAGCUGGCAAAGUCUUGGCCCACCUUAAAUACCCUGAUAAAAAUCAUCUUAAAUUCAGUGGAUGCUCUGGGAAACCUCACUCUGGUCCUGGCCAUUAUCGUCUUUAUUUUUGCUGUAUUUGGGAUGCAACUGUUUGGGAGCAGUUAUAAACUCUCCUGCAAGAAGUUAGAUCCCACUUGCAAAGUUCGCUGGCACAUGGAGGAUUUUUUUCAUUCUUUCCUCAUUAUCUUCCGAAUCCUGUGUGGGGAAUGGAUUGAGACCAUGUGGCACUGCAUGGUGGUGGCUGACCGGUCCCUGUGCCUGCUGGUCUUCGUGAUGGUGAUGGUGAUUGGGAAUUUAGUGGUUCUCAAUUUGUUCAUCGCCCUUCUGCUGAAUUCCUUCAGUACCGAUAACCUCAAAUCGCUCCCAGAAGAGGACAGGGAGACCAACAACUUGAAGAUUGCCUUUGCUAGGAUCCACAGAGGGCUCCAUGUUGCAAAACAGGCCACCCUGACCAUUUUCCUCCGAGCUCUGGGGUGGAAAAGGAAAGCAGCCACCAAGAAAGUAAAAUGUGACUUGGAGAAAAGUGAGGUGGAACUGAGAAGCGAUGGCCAUAAUUCCAAAGAAAGUCACAGCAGCUCCCGAGUGAGCGAGAAGAACAAUCAAGAUGACUUCAUCUCCAAUCCCAGUGUGUUUAUCUGUGUUCCGAUGGCUCGUGUGGAAAGUGAUAGUGAUGUCUCUGAAGACCUGGGCCCAGUUGUGGAGACAGAGUGCACAAAGCAGCAGGAAAACCAGUUGCGCUUGAGGAGAGAAAAGGACAAAAGCUGGAGCCGGACGUCAGAAAUUUAUAUCCCUGAGGAAAGAAAUGUAGAAGUGAAAGUUGGAUCCUCGCUGCCCAAGGAAAAAGAGAAUGCCGACUCAACCAGUUGUUCAGAAGGCAGCACUGUGGAUCUGAUGGACCCAGAUGAGUUCCUGAAGAACAACUCGGAGCUCGAUGAUGAUUUCAAGCAACCGGACAACUGUUUCCCAGAAAGUUGUGUUCACCGUUAUCCUUGGUGUACUGUGAAUACGACAAAGUUUCCAGGGAAAACAUGGUGGAAUUUAAGAAAGACAUGUUACCAAAUUGUGGAACACAACUGGUUUGAAAGCUUCAUUGUGUUCAUGAUUUUGUUAAGUAGUGGAGCAUUGGCAUUUGAAGACAUUUACUUGAGUGAAAGGAAGACUAUUAAAAUCAUGCUGGAAUAUGCUGACAAAAUCUUCACCUACAUAUUUGUCUUAGAGAUGUUGCUGAAAUGGGUGGCUUAUGGAUUCCACAAAUACUUCACUAAUGCUUGGUGCUGGCUUGAUUUCCUGAUUGUAGACAUCUCCUUGAUAACUCUUAUAGCACCUUUGCUUGGAAAAUCAGACAUGGGGCCCAUGAAAUCUCUCCGCACAUUGCGAGCUCUGCGACCGCUAAGAGCCCUUGCUCGAUUUGAAGGGAUGCGGGUGGUGGUCAAUGCCUUGCUUGGAGCCAUUCCUUCCAUUAUGAAUGUGCUGCUUGUCUGCCUGAUUUUUUGGCUCAUCUUUAGCAUUGUCGGAGUCAGCCUGUUUGCCGGAAAAUUUGGAAAAUGCAUUAACCAGACUGAGACAAAUAGCGUUAUCAACGAAAGUGUCAUUUUUCGGAAGUCAGAUUGCAGGAUGAAAAACAUCACGGGAGGACUCUAUUGGAUCACUGUUAAAGUGAAUUUUGAUAAUGUUGGCCUAGGCUAUUUGGCUCUUCUUCAAGUGGCAACUUUUAAAGGUUGGACGGACAUAAUGUAUGCAGCAGUUGAUUCAACAGGAGUUGAGCUUCAACCAAAAUGGGAGUACAGCAAAUAUAUGUACAUCUACUUUGUGAUUUUCAUCAUCUUUGGCUCUUUUUUCACUCUGAAUCUUUUUGUGGGGGUUAUUAUUGACAAUUUUAAUCAACAAAAGAAAAAGUUCGGUGGAGAAGACAUCUUUAUGACAGAAGAACAAAGAAAGUACUAUAAUGCUAUGAAAAAACUGGGAUCAAAGAAACCUCAAAAGCCUAUUCCAAGGCCAAUGAACAAGUACCAAGGAUUCCUUUUUGAUAUUGUGACUCACCAAGUGUUCGACAUUGCCAUCAUGAGCCUCAUCUGCCUUAAUAUGGUUACGAUGAUGGUGGAGGCAGAUGACCAGUCCCAGGAGAAGGUGCAAGUCUUGAACAAGAUCAACAUCCUCUUUAUCACCCUGUUCACAACUGAGUGUGCUCUGAAACUGGUGGCCCUGAGACACUACUAUUUUAUCAAUGGGUGGAAUAUUUUUGAUAUGGUGGUUGUGAUCAUGUCAAUUGUAGGUAGGUUGAUCUUCCUGGGUUUUUGUUUUUUGGCAUGCCAGCUAGAAUUAAGCACCAAAAACAUUUGA